GGCGGCGGCGGCCGGUAAGGGCGCCGUAGCCGCAGGGAGCGGCUGGGCGCGGAGAGGCGCGCACCCGAACUCGGACAGCGCGGCGCCGCUGUGAGCGCCACUGAGCGCACUCACCUCCGGUCGCGCAACUUCAGAGGCGGGGCGCAGGAGCACGGGGAGCGCUCGGAGUCCUGCAGCCCCCGGAGCGCAGAGUCCUGCAGCGCCGGAACCGAGCUCCAGAGAGGGCACCAGGCAUCCACUGCGUUCCGAGCGCCGCGCGGCUCUCCGCGCAGCCUGGCUGUCGCCGCCCCCACGGAGGGCACGGGCUGGCGCGGCCGGGCGCCGGGGAGGACGGCGAGAAGGAGGCGGCGGCGGCGGAGACGGCGGCGGCGAGGCUGGGGCCAGGGAGAGAGCCCCGGGGGAGAGGCGCCCGAGCCCGGCCGCGGGAGCAUGUGGGCCCCGAGCGGGGCGCGCGGCGCGCUGCUGCUGGCGUUGCUACUCUGCUGGGACCCGAGACUGAGCCAAGCAGGUGCUGAUGCAGCCAGCGAGGUGCUCCCCGACUCCUUCCCCUCGGCACCCGCAGAGCCGCUGCCGCACUUCCUGCAGGAGCCACAGGACGCCUACAUCGUGAAGAACCGGCCCGUGGAGCUGCACUGCCGUGCCUCCCCCGCCACGCAGAUCUAUUUCAAGUGCAACGGCGAGUGGGUGGGCCAGAGCGACCACGUCACGCACGAGGGCCGGGACGAGGCCACCGGCCUGCGGGUGCGAGAUGUGCAGAUCCAGGUGUCCCGGCAGCAGGUGGAGGAGCUCUUCGGGCUGGAGGACUACUGGUGCCAGUGUGUGGCCUGGAGCUCUGCGGGCACCACCAAGAGUCGCCGGGCCUACGUCCGCAUCGCCUACCUCCGCAAGAACUUUGACCAGGAGCCGCUGGGCAAGGAAGUGCCCCUAGACCAUGAGCUCCUCCUGCAGUGCCGCCCACCAGAGGGCGUGCCAGUGGCUGAGGUGGAGUGGCUCAAGAAUGAGGACAUCAUCGACCCCACUCAGGACACCAACUUCCUUCUUACCAUCGAUCACAACCUCAUCAUCCGCCAAGCCCGCCUGUCAGACACGGCCAACUAUACCUGCGUGGCCAAGAACAUCGUGGCCAAGCGCCGGAGCACCACGGCCACCGUCAUUGUCUAUGUGAAUGGCGGCUGGUCCAGCUGGACAGAGUGGUCACCCUGUUCUAACCGCUGUGGCCGUGGCUGGCAGAAGCGUACGCGGACCUGCACCAAUCCCGCCCCCCUCAAUGGAGGCGCCUUCUGCGAGGGCCAGGCCUUCCAAAAGACCCCAUGCACCACCGUGUGUCCAGUGGAUGGAGCGUGGACGGAGUGGAGCAAGUGGUCAGCCUGCAGCACCGAGUGUACCCACUGGCGCAGCCGCGAGUGCAUGGCGCCCCCGCCCCAGAACGGAGGCCGUGACUGCAGUGGGCCAUUGCUGGAAUCCAAGAACUGCACCGGCGGGCUGUGCAUGCAGAAUAAGAGAACUCUAAGCGACCCCAAAAGCCACCUCCUGGAAGCCUCAGGUGACGUGGCGCUGUAUGCAGGCCUCGUGGUGGCCAUCUUCGUGGUCGUGGCUAUCCUCAUGGCAGUGGGCGUGGUGGUGUAUCGCCGCAACUGUCGUGACUUUGACACCGACAUCACCGACUCCUCUGCUGCCCUCACUGGCGGCUUCCACCCAGUCAACUUUAAGACCACGAGGCCCGGCAACCCGCAGCUGCUGCACCCCUCCGUGCCUCCCGACCUGACGGCCAGCGCUGGCGUCUACCGAGGGCCUGUGUAUGCCCUGCAGGACUCGGCUGACAAGAUUCCUAUGACCAACUCUCCCUUGCUGGACCCCCUGCCUGGCCUCAAGAUCAAGGUCUACAGCUCCAGCACCACCGAUCCCAGGCCAGGCUUGCCCGAUGGAGCCGACCUCCUGGGUGUCCUGCCACCUGGCACUUACCCUGGCGAUCUCUCCCGGGACAGCCACUUCCUACAUCUGCGCAGAGCCAGCCUUGGGUCCCAGCAGCUCCUGGGCCUGCCCCGAGAGCCUGGCAGCAGUGUCAGUGGCACCUUUGGUUGCCUGGGUGGGAGACUGAGCAUCCCUGGCACAGGGGUCAGCCUACUGGUGCCGAAUGGAGCCAUUCCCCAGGGCAAGUUCUAUGAGAUGUACCUGCUCAUCAAUAAAGCCGAAAGCACCCUCCCACUUUCAGAAGGGACCCAGACAGUGCUGAGCCCCUCGGUGACCUGCGGGCCCACAGGCCUGCUGCUGUGCCGCCCGGUCAUCCUCACUGUGCCCCACUGUGCCGAAGUCAGUGCCGGUGACUGGAUCUUCCAGCUCAAGACCCAGGCCCACCAGGGCCACUGGGAGGAGGUGGUGACGCUGGACGAGGAGACUCUGAACACACCCUGCUACUGCCAGCUGGAAGCCAGGUCCUGCCAUAUUCUAUUGGACCAACUGGGCACCUACGUGUUCACGGGCGAGUCCUACUCCCACUCAGCUGUCAAGCGGCUCCAGCUGGCCAUCUUCGCACCUGCGCUCUGUACCUCGCUGGAGUACAGCCUCAGGGUCUAUUGCCUGGAGGACACACCUCUGGCACUGAAGGAGGUGCUGGAGCUGGAGCGGAUGCUGGGUGGCUACCUGGUGGAGGAGCCCAAGCCCCUGCUGUUCAAGGACAGCUACCACAACCUGCGCCUGUCCCUGCAUGACAUCCCCCACGCUCACUGGCGGAGCAAGUUGCUGGCCAAGUACCAGGAAAUCCCUUUCUGUCACAUUUGGAGCAGCAGCCAGAAGGCCCUGCACUGCACCUUCUCCCUGGAGCGGCACAGCCUGGCCUCCUCUGAGCUCACCUGUAAGAUCUGCGUGCGGCAGGUGGAGGGGGAAGGCCAGAUAUUCCAGCUGCACACCACGCUGGCUGAGACGCCUGCCAGCUCCCUGGAUGCCCUCUGCUCUGCCCCUGGCAGUGCUGUCACCACCCAGCUGGGCCCCUAUGCCUUCAAGAUCCCGGUGUCCAUCCGCCAGAAGAUAUGCAACAGCCUCGAUGCCCCCAACUCGCGGGGCAAUGACUGGAGGCUGUUGGCGCAGAAGCUGUCCAUGGACCGGUACCUGAAUUACUUUGCCACCAAAGCGAGCCCCACAGGCGUGAUCCUGGACCUCUGGGAAGCUCUGCAACAGGAUGACGGAGACCUCAACAGCCUGGCGAGUGCCUUGGAGGAGAUGGGCAAGAGUGAGAUGCUGGUGGCCGUGGCCACCGACGGGGACUGCUGAGCGCCCAGAGCGCGGGCUGGUGGGACAGGCAGGUGGCAGAGUGGGGAGACCUGGGGCAGCCCCUAGUUGGGACAUCCAGCCUCAGCUGCCCCCCAGCUUACAGCUGGAAUUGUUCUCUCCACCUCCUCCUGCUCCCCACCAGAACCCCAGACCACGACCAGCCUUAGAAAAUCCAUGUGCUCUAUUUGAGUCCCGGAGAUCCUCAUCCCCUGCCGUCUGUCCUAGGUAGCAGCCUAUGUGACAGCAGCAGUUAAGGACUGAGGUGGCCCUCCCUCCAUGCCUCCUGCCUUCGCCUUGCAACUUCUGGGUCCCCCUGGUUUCAUUCUGUUCUCACUUUCUCUCACUCAGCUGUUGGUUUCUCCCUCCCUCACCUGGCCCCUAGCGCUCUCACACCCUUUCCCUCACGGAACAGUAGAGUACAAUUCAGAAAACUGCUUUCUCCUGUCUAAAGUGAAAAGGAAAAGAGAGGCAAGAAAAAGCUUCAGACACUAGCGAGGCUCAGAGAAGAAGAAAAACACCAAAGCCACAAGGGAAAAGAAAAACCCAGUUUCUUAGGAAACGCAAAUGAUUUAUUAUCCAGAUAUUUGGAUAAGUCCUUUUUAAGAAAAAAAAAAAUGAAAAUGAAAAAAAAAAAAAAAGAACUUUUUUCCUAUGUGUGGGUGAGAGUCGGUGUGCUCAGGUUCUGGCCAGGAGUGCUUGUGUGUGUGCCUGCCUCCGCCAGGAGUAUGUGCGUGCGCAUGCACAUGUGUGGUAGGGAAGAAAGACUGAAAAAGGCAUGCUCUGGUGAAUCCAGCUCAGACUGAAUCGGAUCAAAGCCUGUUUCCCAGCUAUGCAGGGAGCUGAUGAGACAGGGUUUGAGCCUUGGCACCAAGCAAUCCUCUAAACUCAAACUGUAUUCAUAAAGUGCAGGACUCCUCAGACCAGGGGAGCCCUUCCCUAUCCCAGCCACAGGCAGACAUCCCAGGCUUCUCCAUGCUCCUGGGAGUCCAGAUGAAGAGGCCAUGUUGCGAGAUGUGUGGGCUCAUGGGAGAGAAAUUGGGGCGGAACUCGUUUUUCCAGCUCUGACCUGCACCCUCCUCCCUGUGGCCUGGGAUAUUGAGAAGUGGCCUUUUUGAAUGGGCAAGGUAGCCAGAGUGGAGGAGGUGACACAGCCACUAUGGAUGUUCCGGGGUACCCGAGUGGAGAGGGUCAAGUCCCUAUCCCAUUUGAGCCAGUGACCAUGGCCAGAACCAGCAUCAAAGGCCUCAGCAAAGGCCCUUCCAUGGCACUCAAGGCUGAGAGGUGCCGGAUGCCC